AUGCCCGUCAUCUCACGUCUCGCGUCUAUCGUUCUCCGCGUUGCGGAAAUUGGGUUCGCAGCUGUCGUCGCGGGCAUUAUUGGACACUAUCUUGCUCAGCUCGACAACAGCAACGCUGAUAUCGACUGGUGGCCUCAGUCACGAUGGAUCUACACUGAAGUGAUUGCCGGCUUAUCCAUAUUACUGGGCCUCAUAUGGCUGAUACCGUUCUCAUCUGGAUUCUUUUCUUGGCCAUUCGAUAUCGUCAUUUCACUCGCUUGGUUCGCUGCUUUCGGUGUUCUGGUCGACACCAUCCACAAAUUGCCCUGUGGCAGCAUUUGGUCCUGGCAGUUUAGAGGCAACGACACUUGUGGUCGAUGGAAAGCAGCUGAGGCCUUCAGCUUCCUUUCCGCUAUCGUCUGGCUUGUCUCCGGCAUCGUGGGCAUUUGGUUCACUUUCCGUGUCCGCCGAAGCAACACUGACGCGGUUCACCGCCGCCGUUGGGGCCGUUCCGCCGUCUAA